UUUGACCUCUUCUAAACCUUUUAAUUGUGUAAUAAUGGGUAUAUUAGCUCACUCUUGGCAAAGACACAAACCAGAAGAGGGAACACAGUUCACUGAUCAGACUCCUCUGAACUCACCAAAUAUUAAGGCAACCAGGAGGAUGCAGCAAAUAGAGAUGGCAGAUUAUGUUAAUGAGCGACCAAGACGUGAGCAGAAACGCAGAGGGGAUACAACUCAAACAGGGAGAAGACUCUGUCACCUGCUUUUUCUCGGCUUUGGCGUGCUGUUUAUCAUACAAGCCAUUCUCAAUAUUUCUCUACGCCUUACAUUGUACUCAAGCAAGGAAUCAACCCAGUCGAAUAGCAACGCAACUGAUUUCUGCAACCAAAACCAGAUGAAGGAGGAGGAAAAUUAUUGUGAGAGAAAGAAGCCUGGCGAGCACAACAGAUGUCAAGAAAGAAUCAACGCCUUGACCAGAGACAAAAACCUGCUUGAGAACAGAAACACUGAACUCACCAACAUGAUAAAGAACGUGGAGGAGGAGAGGGACAGGCUGAAAAGUGAGCUGAAGGAGCUGAGGGGUUGUAGUUCCUCUCAGCAGUGUCCUGCAGGUUGGACAUUGAUUAACUGCAGAUGCUACUUCGUCUCCACUGAGGUGAAGACAUGGAAGGACAGCAGGGAAUACUGUCAGAGUAAAGAUGCUGACCUGGUGGUGAUCAACAGCGAAGAGGAACAGAAGAGCUUGUACCGCCUAAAAGGGAAGAGUGGUUGCACGCACUGGAUUGGUCUGUAUGUCCCAACUGGGAGCACUGGGUGGAAAUGGGUGGACGGAUCUGCGCUGACCAAAUCAUUUUGGACGCCUGGCCAGUCGAGUCGCCACCCCGUGAUCAUAGAGGACUGUGUGACGAUGUGUUUCUCCUACCCAGAGCUGGCCAACUGGCAUGACUAUCCAUGUUCGUCCAAGCAACGCUGGCUGUGUGAGAAAGCUCCACGUCCAUGUUUAUAGAAUCAGCUCAAGAACAUAUUAUGUUUUUGUGCAUGUAAAUGGCUUUUUCGCAAUUCGCUUUGGCUCAUUUUUCAAAACAGUCUUAACUUUUUCUAAACUAUAAGUGCAAUUAUCACAACUGUUUGAUGGGACAUCACACCUCUGCAAAAGGUAGUAACUCACCUAAAACACUUCAUUCAUGCUUCAAAACCUAGUUAUCGUGUCAGUUAGUUGGCAAAUGCUACCAAAAUGAAAAGUUUUUCUCAUUCACUUUGGUUCAAUUAUCAAAUGCCAAUUUUUUUUUUCAAAACAAUGAGCUCAAAUCUCUGAACAAUUAGUUUGUUGUUCACAACAGAUUUGAAUUUCAAGCAAAUAGCGUUAGUUUUGGCACGUGUGCAAAGGAGUAAGUACAAUUGUCUACAAUUUACACGAGUGAUGAGUUGAUUCUCAGUGAAAUUGUCAUCAUUUGAGCCAUUACAUGCAACAUGAUCCAUUUUAAUUAUCAAAAUAUGUGACAUGUAUAUUCCAUAAAUAUUUAUGAUAUGGUGUUACGUACUGUGAUGAAGUACAUUUUGUUGUGUUUUACUGAACUGACCGCAGCUUUUUUCAUUGCUGCAGGUCUGUUUUUCUUGUUUGUUUUUAUUGGCAUUGAUGUCAUUUAGUGGCAAAUUUUCUGUUCACUGUAUAUAACUUUAUAUGAAAGCUCAAAGGUGCAUUUUCUGGUUACAGUACAUGUAACACAUUGCUACACAAAUAAAUUUACUGUAUACAUACAAAUGUACAUUUUUCUUUUCAUGUGUAUUACAGUUUUGUACAGUCUUGACUUUUCCCAGUGAAAUUUUCCCUACUGAUGUAGAAAUGAACCAUUUUGUAGUUAUUUUAAUCAGCAGAAAGAACUCCAUAUGCUCGUAAAUUUCCAAUAGAACAUGAAAUCAAAACAUUUCUAAGAC